GUGUGUGUGUGUGUGUGUGUGUGUGUGUGCGUGUGUGUGUGUGUGUGUGUGUGUGUGUGUGUGUAAGCAGUGCCUCAGACAAAAUACCUCAGCAGCGUUUCUCAACAUCACACCGUCGCCCGAGGUCCUGUGGUGGCGACACGCUGCCCUCAAGCGAUGAACGAGCUUGUCACACUCCUGCUGUUCUUGUUGGUGACGCCUGAUCAUGCUGACUCUGCUCUUCACAACGAAUGCCUUGCUAACACUUCUAUCUCGACGACUGGAGUCUUGGCGAACAUCAUCCUUGACUCUACACGUGACAAAGAGGUCAAUGUAACUCUGUUCGUCCACACCAAGCAAGGCUUCAAGGAUGUCAGUCUUGAGCUGGACACGUUUAACGAUGGAAUGUAUCACCAUCAAGACCCUAUUGAGUUCAAAUUGCCGCCCACGUGCUUUCAGGGUGAGGCCAACUGGUGGGCGGUGUUGGUGAAGGCGAAGCUGCAGGAAUAUAAUAAAAAUGUCUUCUUCUUCUAUAGGGAACUUAAAUUGCAGGUGAGAGCUGGUGAGUGUAUAUUGUCGUGUCUCAUUGCUGGCAAAUACAGCAGCAUUCAAAGGCUCCAAGUCACCAGUCACGGGCCCUCGGAGUGGAAAAAUCAUCAACCAGAGAAUGAGUGUGGUACCAUCAAGGAGUGGAAGACAGGAAUUCCCCAAAACGUCCCUUUUUGUAUGGAUCUGCAUUCCCUUGACGCUUCAUCUCCAAGUCUUGACACCAGCACGAAGACUAAACAAUCCAAUCCUCUUCGCACACCCACAGUCCAUGACAACUCCACACUCCCUGACCAGCCCACAACCUCAGACAAGCCCACACUCCUUGACAAGACCACAACCUCUGCUAAAGCCACAACCUCUGAUAACUCCGCAACGUCUGCUAGAACCACAACAUCUGUUAUGUGCACUAUUCCCUCUGAAACGCAAACACAGUCUAGCACGGUCACACUUGGUGCUUCCAAAACAGACGAUCUCAAGGAUUCUUUCCAUUUCAAAGUGAUAUAUUUGAUGGCGGUGGCAGUGGGGAUUGGUGUGGUGGUGUUGAUAGUGGUGGUGGUGGUGGUCGUGAUAUUAAAAAGGCGGAGACGCAGUGAUGAAGAAGCAAAUGAUGAUGUAGCAAUGAUACCAGAGGACACUGAUGAGGCAACACGGCAAGAAAAGGUCUCGAUCAACAGCCUGUAUGAAGCUGUAGGCAGGCGAGAAUCCAAGAACAGCCUGUAUGAAGCUGUAGGCACUCAGGCGCCCACCAACAGACAGCAGGAGUCUCUGGUCAGCCAGGCGCCCACUAACAAACAGCAGGAGCCUCUGGAAAGCCAGGCGUCCAUCAAGAGACAGCAAGAGCCUCUGGACAGCCAGGCGCCCAUCAACAGACAGCAGGAGCAUCUAGACAGCCAGACGUCCAUCAACAGACAACAGGAGCCUCUGGACAGCCAGGCGUCCAUCAAGAGACAGCAAGAGCCUCUGGACAGCCAGGCGCCCAUCAACAGACAGCAGGAGCCUCUAGACAGCCAGACGUCCAUCAACAGACAACAGGAGCCUCUGGACAGCCAGGCGCCCACCAACAGACAGCAGGAGCCUCUAGACAGUCAAGCGCCCAUUAACAGACAGCAGGAGCCUCUAGACAGCCAAGCGCCCGUUAACAGACAGCAGGAGCCUCUAGAUAGACAAGGAUCAGAAAACAAUCUAUAAACCGUUUGAGAACAUUAGACUGCGCACAUUGACUGACAGACAGUGAUUGAGUGGUUGACUGCCUGCCUGACUAACUGACUGACUAACUGAUUGAUUGACUGGUUGAAUUGUUGAAGGAGGCGUAGUGCAAUAUCAGUAUCAGUGAGUUAAAGGAUAUCUAAGAUAUCUAUAAUGUCAUUUUUUUUUUUUUUUGUUAGCUGUUCAAAGCGUUUAUAGUGUGUGUGUGUGUGUGUGUGUGUGUGUGUGUGUGUUUCACUGUAUGAUCUGCUGCAGUCUCUGACGAGACAGCCAGACG